AAAAGAUUGCGUUGCAGAAUAUUGACAUUCCACAAAUUAAAUAAAGCAAUCCUAUUCUAACAAAAUCUUUCCCAAAUUUGUACAAUCGAUCCUAUUGAUAACGUUUUGCAAAUUUUAAUUCUAGAGAUAUGUUAGUUAACAUAGCAAAAAGUGAAGUUGUGGGCUUAUCGCAGCAGGGACACUUAUUAUUUAUGAGCUUUAUCUCUUAUCUGAUGCUUAAUUCACGCAAAAUAUCAAAAAUAUCGUGCUAAGCAAGCUGGCGCUUGUGGUGGGCCAAUGUUUUCUAAAAAUAUGACCUAAAUUACAAACAAUUGGACAAAAACGGAAUUAAAAUGAAGGAUGGCUUCGCUAUUGGUGCUUAACGGACCUAAAAGAAUUUUUCGUACAGUCGUAGGGAUCUCAAUUUGGACUUUAGUGCAAUCAUUUUUACAUCUAAGCUGGAUUAUUUACUCGUACUAUUCGACCAUCUGUAAAGUGAAACCAUCAUGUUACGAUAUUGUUUUUAUUUAUUUAACUUAUUUUUAUAACAAGAACUGCGGUUCAAUAGACAUAAAAAGUCAAGGCGUCUUUUUCAAUAAUACCGACCAAGAUAAUGCCGAAAAUGGACAAUUGGUAAACCAUACGGUAUCCGAAGUGUUGUACACAUUUUUAAAGGCGACACUGGAAAAUGCCACUUUACCCGAAACGUCGCCCCACCUGGAGAGGGCUAAUACUUACCUGUUGUUGUUUAUUGUUGCAGAUGUUAUUUGGAUAACAACCGCCUUGUUCCUUUUAGUGGGCGCCUUCAUAAAACUGGAAAAAUAUUGGUUUCUAAUUUCUUACGGCCCCUAUUUAGUCACCACCGCUUACAUUGUGUUCUUAGACGUCGUAUCUGCGGUGCACUUCGGUCUGGAUAUGGUACACAUUCAUAGCUACAGCACAUGGUUGAAAUUUAUUGGGGCUGUCAACUACAAAGAAUUUGAAUACUUCAACGUGCACAACAGCUCAAAAUUUGUGACGGCACUGCCGCCGUCGGUGAUGGCGACUCUAUUUUCCAGAUUUUUCAUCGCUUGGAUAGCAAACGUGUUGUGCUUUUUUAUUAUUUUGUUUCUCUUAUCUGCUGUCUACCCGGAAAAGAGAGGGGCGCUCUUGAGACGUGGCAGCAAGAGUUUGGCGUCAGGCUUAAGCACAUCAGAGGCACGAAUUAGAAAUUGGCAACAAUUUUAUGGAGCGGUCGGUGCAAACAGCACUAUGGCAUCGGCAAACUCUGCAUCGGGCGAGACUUACCACGUUCCUAACUUGUAUACCGACCUCAACUCCAAUGAGAACGAGAACGCGAUAAGGAACUCUGAUCUCGACAGCAGAAACACAGACGAUGAAUUUCAGGGGCCGUCGCAUUUUUCGAACCACUACCGAAAAUCUGAAAAUUACGAUCCGGUUAUGGUGGCAGAUGAAGCAAAUAGCAUUUAUAACAAAUUUCUUGGAGUUGAAAAAAGCUUGACUACAUUUUCCGACCGCUUUCAGAAUAAACGCAAUAAGGAUCCCGUAUUAAGAGGACAUAUUCCCUGGUCUUAUAUAAAACCGCAGGAUAUCAAAAAACGAGGAGUGAUUUUUCAAGAACCAGCAGCUCAAAGUACACGUCUCUGAACAGCCAGUCUGACAAUUUCUUGUAAUUUUUACUUUAUUUUUAGAAUAAAUUUUAUAUCGAAAUGUGUG